GUGGGGUGGGGUGUGUCCUGGGCGUCUUCUGCAUUUCACACCCAAAAGUGGUAGAGUCAGGAAUUACUGGGCCGGCCCUAACAAAAAUGAUAAUUAACACAGCCAGGAGGGCACGGAAGAGGGGGCCACGUAGGCCUGGGGCCGAGCAUGGUCCCGGCAGAUGGCCGGAGGGGCGCUGCAGCCUGGCAAGGAACCCCCUCCCCGAGGGUGGGACGUUGGAUGGUUGCCGCCCUGCGGUUGGUCCUGAUUCUCAGCCCCCAUUGCCUGGAGGGACCCCCUGCGCCCCCGCCUGAGUCCACCGGAGUCGACCGUGGCACACGUGCAUUCCGACGGCCCGCUCUGCUGCUGCUGCCUGGAGCAGUGUUGGGAAGCAGCCAACGGCUUUCGGGGCAGUAGGCCUAGGAGAGGGCCUGGCAACAGGGUCUGUGCCUGAAGUACACAGGGUCCCUGCAGGGCGGCAGGUGUGCCGGGGGCCAGGGCCGUAAUGCACUGCCCGACGCCCCCGUCACUCUGCCCCUUGGAAGAGCAGUGACUAGUCAGCCGCCAGUGCUGGCCCCGGGGCUGCUGCAUGGGGUGGGCAGGGAGGUAGCAGCAGGCAGGAGGCAGAGCCCAAGGAGAGCCUGGAGCAGACCCUCGAGAGCACAUUUUCUUCUAUCAAAUCCAAGAAAUUAAGAACAGGUCCCCAGGGGUGGGGAAGGAGCACCACGGGACAAAGGUUUGCACAGAAAUGAGGGAUCUCUGAGGCCUUGGAGUCACCGCCAACCACUGAGCAAGGGCGGAUGGGAGAAUAGCGACAUUCCGGGACCAGACAAGGCAGCACCCUGUGCUCUGGCCACGACAGCCAUGGCCUCGGCAGCAGAAGACGCCAGCCGGGCCCAGCUGAGGGGCAUGAGGCAGAAACAGCGCUCUGCUCAAGUGUGAUGGUCACAAAGGACAUGGAAAGGCUGGGGGCUUCCAGCUGGGAAACAGCCCAGGGGCCUUGGCACAGUACCUGUGGGGUCCUGACGGGGUGCUGCACUGGUGCGGGAUCUGGCCACAGUGGGUCACUGUGUCUGGGAGGGACCAUGGGUGCGCCCUGGACAACAGCACAGGAAGUGGCGUGGGGCUCCUGUGGGCCCUCGCCACCACUCUAACGACUAUUCGCUAAGAUGUGGAGGCACCGUGUGCCAACGCUGUGUCUACACACACACGUGCUUUGGGGCCCGUGUCCUGUGCCCCUGGCUCCUGUCCUCAGCAGCUCCGGACGGGAGCCCGUGGGCAUCUCUGCCGGGUCUUGGCAUCGGGUCUGCUUCACUGAACUGCCUCCUCCCAGAGGACGCUGAGUCCUCCCCUGACCCCAGGGUCUGUGCGGUGACCUUGGGAAUAGGGCCUUGCGGCAGGUCCAGUAAGAGAGUCAGCGGGUGGGCUCUGCUCCAGCCUGACUGCGCCCUUAGGAGAAGCAACUCAGACACAGCAACGCAGGGCAGGCGCUGAGUGGAGCGAGACAGGCCGAGCCCAGACGGUGCCUGUAUGAGCCAGGGACGCCAGCAGUGGCCACGACACCCUGAGCCAGGACGUGCAGGGUGCCCCACAUCCGAACUUGGACAUCUGCCCUCCAGGCUGAGACCCAAGCUCCUCCAGCCAUGGUGCAGGUGAGAGGCUCCCAUGGGAGUCUUGCACGUUGAUGCACACACGGCUCAUGACACUCAGUCUGAAGCCAGACAGCGUCCUUCUCUGGCCCACCCUGGACAGGACCCAGGUCAGCAGCCCAGCAACGAAGGCUGGCGGUGACCAUGGUGCCCUCACCCUGUCCAGCACCUGCAGGCAUGGGUGUCCCUGGCCGACAGCACUGCGUAGGCUCCCACAGGACCCCAGCUUCCCUGGUUUGCUCUCUGAGACUGAAAACAAGUUAGCACCUGUAGCCCAGCCCAGUCCUGUCUGGGGCUGUGACCUGAGCACAAAACAGGCAACAGAGUCACUGCUGCUGUUGCCUCCAGGAAGAGGCUGCAAACACCAACAAGGAAGGAGGAAGUUGUUGGGCCUGAACAGGGACAGGGCAGCACCGCCAGGGACGGGGAUAAAAGCCCAGAGCCCAGUGCCUCACACACACCUCACUCACUCACACUCACUCACACUCACACACUCACCUCCCCAGCCCAGCCCUGCCGUGGCCGCCUCCAUCAUGUCCAUCUGCUCCAGCACUUGUACCAGGCCCUGGCAGGUGGACAACUGCCCAGAGAGCUGCUGCGAGGCCCCCUGCUGCACCCCCAGCUGCUGCCAGCCCAGCUGCUGUGCCCCGGGCCCCUGCCUGAGCCUCAUCUGCACCCCAGUGAGCUGCGAGUCCAGCCCGGCUUGCUGCUCCUCGUCCAGUCAGCCAUCCUGCUGUGAGUCUCUCUGCUGCAAGCCUGUCUGCUGCAAGCCCGUCUGCUGCACAUCUGUCUGCUGCAAGCCCGUCUGCUCUGGAUCCUCCUCUUCCUGUUGCCAGCAGUCUGGCUGCCAGCCGGCUUGCUGCUCAUCCUGCCAGCCAUCCUGUUGUGAGUCCAUUUGCUGCACACCCAUCUGUUGCAAGCCUGUCUGCUGCACACCUGUCUGCUGCAAACCUGUUUGCUGCAAGCCUGUCUGCUGCACCCCCGUCUGCUCCGGGGCCUCCUCCUCCUGCUGCCAGCAGUCUGGCUGCCAGCCAGCUUGCUGCUCCUGCUCCCCCUGCCAGCCGUCCUGCUGCGUGCCCGUCUGCUGCAAGCCCGUCUGCUGCACGCCCUCCUCCUCCAUGUCCCUGCUCUGCCGCCCCGUGUGCAGACCCGCCUGCUGUGUGCCCACCUCCUCCUGCUGCACCUCCUCCUGCCAGCCCAGCUGCUGCAAGCCCUCCUCCUCCCUGUCCCUGCUCUGCCGCCCCGUGUGCAGACCCGCCUGCUGUGUGCCCACCUCCUCCUGCUGCACCUCCUCCUGCCAGCCCAGCUGCUGCAAGCCCUCCUCCUCCCUGUCCCUGCUCUGCCGCCCCACCUGCCCCCACCCGGCCUGCUGAGGCCUCUCCCUGGGCCAGAAGUCCUGCUGCUGACCGGUCUUGUCCCUCAGGGCCAAUGGGCUCAGGUCCUACCUGGAAGCUGAUAGCUGUGCCUGAAUUGCUCCCACCCUUAGACCAUGUCCUGAUGUUGCUUGUCCAGCCUGCUGCAGGCUGAACGGACUUGAGAAGCUAAAGGUCCGUCUCAGUGCUGCUGCCCUUGGGAGGGCUUCUAGAUGCCGUGUGGCCAAGCCCACUCUCCCUCCUCCCUCCCCUGUGCAUUGAACAAACUGACCAAUAAAGGCACUAACUGAAUCAGCCCUGGCUCCCUGUCCCUGGCUGUGUCCUCUGCUGGACCACAUGGCCAUGUUUUCCCCCUUUGCACACCAUGCUCUGCUCCCUCCGGUCCUCUGUGGCCCUGUGUGCCCAGGGCAGUGUGGAUCCCCCAGUCUGGACUGAUGGCAGAGGGUGAGGCUGGCUUUGCAAGCCUUUGCCCCUUUGAGGUCACUGUGGGUUUGUCCCUGACCCACCUCUGCCGUCAUUCACUUCACAGUUCUGCUCGCUUUGCCUUUGUAACCCCCCCUCCACACUUUGGCUUCCACCCACGAGCAGCACCUGCCACGUCUGUGCCACCGGAAAUACUCCCGUGGGCUCCAGUGGUGCCUCUGGUGUGGGAGCCAUGUGGGCAGUGAGGCCAGGCCUCUGUGUCCGUCUCCCUCGGCUCUCUGAGUCCUGCCAGGUACAGGUAACGAGUCAGGCUCCUAGCCCUCCAAGUGCGUGGGCUGUCCCAGCGGGGCAAGGACACUGUGACUCCAAGUCCACCGGGGACGCGUGGCAGGGGUGCAGCAGGAGCCAUCAGGAUGUUCCAAGAAGCCUCUGAGGAUGGAGUCUGGAUGAGGACAUGCUGGGGCUGCUGAGGGGCCCAAUGCCGGCCCUGCCACCUGCCCAGGGUUCAACAGCCAUGGGUGGGGACAGUGGGUGCCCGGUGCCUGCCAGCGGGCGACUGGCUCCAGGCAGAAGGGAAGGGACCGCUCACGGCCAGCAGCCACACGCCUGGCCCUGGGCACUGGACAGAGUUCAGAGCAACCUGAGUAGACUGGGAUGGCUCAGCCUCUCCCUGGUUGGCUCUGCUCUGCGGCAGGGUAGGAGGCUGCUGGGAGGCCGAGGUGUGCGCCCCACGGAAGCCUAACGUCGGCACCGACUCCACCAGCAGGCAGCGUUGGCCUUGCCUCUCGAGGUCUGCUUCACAGCAGUGAAGCUCCUGUGGGUGGUUGAUUUGAUAAAGGCUGUCACCUGGGCUCUCACUGGCUUAGCAACAGCACAGGGGAAGUACCGAGGUGUCCCCAGAGGGCAUCCGUGCCACAGGCUCACCCUGGUGUGGCACUGCUCCGAGCUGGUGAGGCCCCAGGAGGAGGACGUCGUGGGAGGCCUCCUGCCAGGUGGGCUGCACCUCAGAGGGGCGGCAGCCCCCAGCCCCCUCUCACUCUGACUCAUGUCCCCCACCGGUGUGUUCUUCCUUGUCCACAGUCCCAUGGGGCCUGUGACCAUGGCCUCAGAAACCAUGAGCCAAAAGAAACUUUUUCUCUUUAUAAGUCGAUUCUGUCUGGGAUUUGCUACAGUGAUGGGAAGCUGGCCGACACAGGUGGUGACUGGGACCUAAAACCACGCUGUGUCCAACGCCAUCUUGACCCGAUGCAGACCUGGAGACGUUACAGGCCCGGAAUGGCCCAGAGACCCAUACCUUGGCCUCUGCCUCCCCAGGCCUGAGGCAAGGUAACCCAGUGCUCCCUGGCCCCAGCUGGCCCUUUACCUGGCCAGGGCUGACCCUGACCCCGAGGGUCACUGUCACCAUGCGGAGCAUUCACCUUGCUCAUGUCUAGACUCCUGUCUGCCCAUCUCACUGCUCAGGAUGUCUUCAUGCAGAAGUUGUACUGGGGCCAGUCGAGGGCCCACAGUGAAGCACCUGUCUCAUCCAGCUUUAGACUCUCUGUGGCCCCCCUGGCCCUGAGUGCCCUCCGCAUGGGUGGUGAGGUCGCAUGGGCAGUGGGGAGUCCGAGUCAUGCUCCUGCUGCCCAUGCUCACCACCACCAGCUCUGCCUUGGCCUGGCCUCACCCCACCCGACAGGGUCCUUAACUGGGCUCUCCCUGUUCACUACAGGGCCUGAGGAGGCAGGGCACACUGGUCUUGGGUCGGAUGGGGGCCAUGACAUUUCUCACGGAGCCUAGAGGCCUGAAGGAGCUGGGCUGAGGUCACGUGUCCUGCAGGACCACGGCCAGUGUCCUCCUGGAGGAUCCCGGGCAGCGCGUGUCUCAGGUGGGUGUGGGCUGGUAGGAGUGGAUCCUUGGGUCCCUGGGACAGGUCGCUUCCAAGGGUGGGAGGUGUUUGGGUUCCCGAUGACCAGAGCAGGGCCCUCCCUGACUGGAAGACUUGUCAGUGUGGACUGGGCAGAGCUGCAUCCAGUGCAAGUGGUGAUCCUGCCCUCGGGUCAGGGCACAGUCUGCACCCAGCCCCAGAGACAGCUCAGGAGCCCGGAGGCCAUGCUGCUUCCAGGGAAAGUGGGCUGGGAGUUGGUGCUGGUUCACAGGGAGAAACACGGUGUGCCACUCUGGGCCCUGGUGACCGGGCAUGAGGAGAGGACACUAGGGCCCAUCACCAAGGCAUGGAGCAAACCCUGCAGCAGCAGUCGGAGGCAUCGGCAGACAGGGGAGCUGGAAGCAACGGGGGAAGCGCCGGACUCUCUUGCUUCUCCCAUCCCCACCACGGACUGGGACAGCCUGCUUCAUGUCCUCCCUGGCUGUCUAGAGGUUGCUCUGCUCCUCUCCCCCUCUCCACUCCAAUACGGGUGCAGCCCGACUACAGCCCAACUCCUCUCCCCGCCAUUAUGCUUUGUUAUCAGGGUCGCAAGCAGAGCUGCACUUUGCCAAUUCACUAUUUCUGUCUGAAUCAACAAAAGGAAAAGGAACAUAAGGGGGAAAGGAUGGGGCACCAAAUGGAGCUGAGACACAGAACACAACAAUCAGAAUGAAGAUGAACCCCAAGAUGAGACCAUGCAGAAGACAAGAUUAGUGAACCUGAGAUACAGCAGCUACCCAAACCAAAGGACAGUGAGAAAAUAAAGCAUUUAAAAGUCGUGAGAGCCCUUGGGCUUAGGGCAGAGGAGUAAGUGUUGGGCAGACGUGUACACGGGGCUCAGACAAAUGAGGAAGAGGGCAGGAAAACACUUACAGGGAAGAUGUCAGGCAUUUGACAUCAGAUUUGAUAACACUGCUGUAUUUGUCACUUUCCAGGCACUGGGACAGAAUGUUCAAUGCCCACAAAUUGAAGGAGGAGAGGUUUACUUGGCUCACAGUUUCAGGAGUCUCAGUCCAUGGUCAGCUGCUCCAAGGUAGAAAGGUCAUGGCAGAGGGUGUGGUGGAGGAAGCUGCUCACCUCAGGGCUGCCAAAGCACAGAGAGGGGAGGAGCUGGGGACAAGAACACAGCCUUCCAGUGCAUACUCUGGUGAAUGCCUCCAAUCAGGCUCCUCCUCCCAACAGCACAUUCAGUUCCUGGAUCCAUCAAGGGAUGAGUCCACUGAUGAAUACAAUGUCCUGAUGAUCCUGUCACCAUCCCAAAGCCCCUGAACAAUGCGACUUUGGGGGACAUUCUAGAACUAAAUCGUAACAAUUGGUGAAUGUAUAGAAAAACUACUACAGGCCAGGCUGCGAAUGGACACUUGCAUGAUAAUCCACAUACAACAGCAGAGAGCAUGUUCUGUUGAAUGUGCACUAAAAUAAAUCACCAGCUAAGCCUUAAAAGAAACCACAGCACAUUCAAGAGGACUGAAGUAGAGUAUGAUGUUUGACCACAACAGACCAAGAAGUUAAUAACAGAAAGAUAUUUUGGAAAUCACCACAUCUUUGGAAACCAAACAGUACAUUUAAAAAUACUCCACGAUUCAAAGAAAUCACAAUGGAAAUUAGGAAAUAUUUUGAACAAAAUGAAAGUAGAAUUGCCACAAGAAGGGGAUAAAAGAUUACAGGCUGAGCCCCCAAAUAACCCGACAGAGGAAAUAACCACAGCUACAGAACAGAAAAUGGACACAGUGAAUGAAGCCCAAUCUAGAAAAAAAAAAAAGAAAUCAGCAAGAUCAACAAUUUUCCAGUUUUACUGGUCACGAAAAAGAAAGAGGAAAUGAGUUACCAAUAUCAGGAAAGAAAAAAGGGUCACCACUCCCAGUUCUAUGGCCAUUAAGAAGACAGUGAAGAAACACCACAAAUAACUUACUGCCCAAACAUUCAGCGACUUCGCUGAAACAGGGGCAUAACCAGAAAGAUACAAAGGACAAAAACUAAUACAAGGAAAAAAAGAGAGAAUCCGAAUAGCCCUCUAUCAAUUGAAAAGGUUCAAUUCGUAAUUGAAACCCUUAUCACAAAGCAAACGACAAUCUCAAAUGGCUUUGCUGUUGGGUUCUGAGUGUUUGCGGGAGAAAUAACACCAGUUUCACCAAGCAGUUUCAGAAGGCGGCAGAGGAGGGCAAACUCCCCACCUUAUUCCAGCAUACCCAAUAUGACAGGGGCAUCAGGAGAAAGGAGACCUGCAGAUCUGUUUGUCUCCUUAAAACAUUAGCAACUUGAAUCCAGCACUGUGUAGAAAGAGCAUGCUCAUGGCUAAGUGGGUUUAUGUCUGCAAUAUGAGGUUGGCUCAACAUCAAAAAAGUGAUUCAGUAUGUCUUCUUACUUAUGUUAAUAAGUAAAAAGAAAAGGCCCUGUGAUUGUUUUCACAGUUGUAAAAAGGGCAUUUGAUAAAAUUCAACAUCUGCUUAUUAAGAAUAUUAAACCCCAGAAAACUAGGAAUAAAAGGGAACCUCCAUUACCCUUUAUGGGGAAAGCCUCCCCAAGACCAAGACAAGGCAGAAAUACCUGCCCCCUCUAAUGGUACCUGGUCCUUAACAUCACAAUACCGCAAGAAAAGAAACAAAAGCCCUAUGAAUGUGUUAUGGCUUGUAUCUAGAUGUCCCUCAAAGCCUCAUGCAGUCGUAGAUGCAGCUGUUUCAGAGGUGGGUGAAUCUAGAGUGUGUGAUUGAUUCAUGGUGCAAUGCUAGGCCCGCGAGCACUAGGAUUAAGGUCCUGAGUGCUACACUAGGAUUAAGGUCCUGAGUGCUGAGAACUAAGGUCCUAAGUGGUCUGAAUAAGGUAAAAGGGACAGGAAGACAUACUUAAGUUUCGCUUGUUGCUUUUGGUGUUUUCUGCUGCCAUGAACUGUUGCCCCUCUGACAUGUGCCAUCCCUGCCUUGGAGCCAGCUGACUAUGGACU